UCAAGAACACAAUUUACGAACUAACUAAAAGGCUAUCUGCAAUGGCGAUCACAAGCACCUCCUUCGCCAUUUGCCUCCUCCUCUCUUUGGCCACCAUUGCCACUGCUGAUUACGAUGCACCCUCAUCUCCUAAACCCACACUCCCACCUCCAGUUUACACUCCAUCGGUUCACAAACCUCGUGUUUACACACCACCUGCCCAAAAGCCAACUCUCCCACCUCCGGUUUCCACUAAGCCAACUCUCCCACCUCCGGCUUACACUCCACCGGUUUACACUAAACCAACUCUCCCACCUCCGGUUUACACCAUGCCGGUCUACAAACCUACACUCUCACCUCCAGUAUAUACUAAGCCAACUCUCCCAUCUCCGCUUUACACUCCACCGGUCUACAAAAAGUCUCCAAGCUAUUCUCCUCCACGUCCAUAUGUACCAAUACCAACCUACACUCCACCCACCAAGCCAUACGUCCCAGAGAUCAUUAAAGCCGUUGAUGGCAUCAUCUUAUGCAAAAACAGCUACGAAACCUACCCUAUUCAAGGAGCAAAGGCAAAGAUUGUGUGUUCCGAGAUGGGAUCAUACGGGAAAAGCAAGAACGAGGUUGUGAUCUAUAGCAAUCCAACUGAUUCUAAGGGAUACUUCCACGUGGCGUUAACCCACAACAAGAACCUAUCUCACUGCCGUGUCAAGCUCUACACAUCUCCUAUCGAGACUUGCAAAAACCCAACCAAUGUCAACAAGGGCCUCACCGGAGUUCCUUUGUCGAUGUACUCCGACAAGAACUUCAAGCUCUUUAACGUUGGUCCUUUCUACUUCACCGGUCCCAAGACUGCUCCCACCACUCCCAAAUACUGAUCGUCAUCACAUUACUAUGAAGUUGAUGAACUUGCAUGGCGUAUGAGGUCUCUUUAAUUAAUUUAUUAUUUGAAAAUCCUUUUUCUCUUGGAAACGUUCUUAUUUGUUUGUUCCAGUAUCAUUUGAUUCAUUGCACAGCCAAUGCAUUAUAUAUUUCUAUUUCAUAUAAUAAAAUUGUAAGAACAACAAUCUCAAAUUUAUAUAUGAAAAAUUCAAUAUUAAUAUGUAUUUUAUUUUUGUUAAGCUAUAUUUGUACAAUUUAUUAUUGUUGA